UACGAUGACUGUCAACGCAAAAAUUGGCAGCCUCGUAUCGCCAUAUUGUUUGCACGCACGUUGUCGGCGAGUCAGUGCUGAUAGUACCGUGGUACGGCGAGUGUCGAGUGCACCGAGGAAGGAAGUGUAAGUGGAAGUCGACGAAAGGUAAAUACCGGCCUUGCCGCAACGAUGUUGCCUAGGGUCACACAGCCGACGACGGGGAAUGGAGCAGGCGUUUAGGUGCGAGCGUACGCGGUCGGGAACGCGUGAACACCGCGGCCGAACGAUACAUCGAACGUUGGAUCGCGGCUAUCUUCACGCCAUUUCGGAUCUGCGUUCUGCCGUUAUUGCCCUUCGGCCGAUUUGGGAUUCAGAGCGGAUACGCUGCCAGUGACGUCAUCGCCGGGAUGGCCCGUGCACGCCCGACGAGCUAGUCCCGUUCUAUUCGAUCCGAAAAGUCGCGUUUGCGGACCAUCGCAUUAUUGGUAGUUUCGUUCCGUACGAGAUAUGAGUGAAGUAAGCCAAGCGAUUGGUGGGUGUCACGGUCACGGGUGAGUCCAGUUAACCGAGCCGGUCUGUCGCAAGUUUCCCUCCGUAUUUUCGGUCGUGAGCUCCGUUCCCGUUCUUCGUCGUUGCUCCUGGUCGUCGCACGCGUCGACCUCGAGGUCGAAGAGGCUCGAAGAGAUCGGCGAUCCGCGACACGUAAUGUCGUAUCAUCGCGGCGGACAAGCGGGCGCCGUAGCGGUGUCGUACAGCGCCAGUCAAAUGGCACCGCACUCACCCAGCCGCAGAUAUUCCAGCGGCACCAGCAGCGGGAGCACCACCACUUCCGGAAUCGGCAGCUCGACAUCCAAGUUCAACGCCUACCGCUCCACCGGCGGCUCCUCGAUCCUCGACCGAUCCACCGGCUUCUACACAUCGCCCACGAGCUCGAGCUUGCGUUCCAACUACAUGUCCUCGGAGUACAGGAGAUCCUAUUGCACAUCGGGAAGGUCAGUCUCGUCGUCGUCGUCGUACGGCGAAACGGUCGGCAGCAGCAGCGGCAGCAGUUCAGGAUUAACGACAACGAUCAACGGCACCAGCGUUGGUGCCGGCAAAUACGCCUUGUCCACAUCGAGUACCUCGGUCGGCUCGUCCACGUCUUCGAGGGAACGCAGCAGUCUCGACGCGCCGUCCACGGCUGCCGAUAUCAUCAGCAGGUACUCACCAGCCGGCUACGUGCCGAACAUUCAACGUCAUCAACAAGCGAGCGGCAGCAGCGCACAUCACUGGAGGCAUCGCUCGGCAUCGUCGUCCCUGAGCGAGCUGGUUGGCGGUGACGAACGCGAGCUCGAGCGCAGCAGGGAUUUUCGUCCGGAAUCUUCACUCUCUUCGUCGUCUUCUUCCUCGUCCGCCGUUGCUAGUGCGGGUCUGUGGCCAAGGUCCAACAAGAGGAGACCAUUCACGAGCAGCACGGUGCUCACCAGUACCGGACAUGCACGCGCGGACAGCGCCGCGACCUUCGCCGAGGUAACAACCGCCGUCGACGAUCACGUUACCUGUAAACUGAAAAACGACGGAAAAACUGAGAACGACGACGACGAAGACGACAGCAACGAUACUAAAGACAUUAACGGUUACGACGAUCGGCACAACAACAACGGCAACGUCGGCAGCGGGCGCGACGAGCACGGCGACGACGUCGCGCGCAGAUACGGCGUUAAUAACAACGACGACGAGCGCGACGACGACGACGACGUCGACGUCGACAAAAACGAGUACGACGACGACGAGGACGACAACAACGACGACGACGACAAUCUCAACAACCGUCACCGCCAUCGCCUCCACCACCUCCACCAACAACGUAGCCAUCGACCGGAAGAGAUCUCGCCCAUUAAGCGUAACCUUUUCUCAUCCGCCGCCGCUGCUGCUGGUGGUGGUGGUUUGAUCGGCGUUAGUAGCAUCAGUCUGUUAACUAACCACGCGACUAAUCCACGUAACACCGAGCUGCUGAUCAAUAACAACGCUCAGGACAAGCUUACGGGAAGGAAGGACGAGGAGAACGAAAUCGCCACGAGCAACGAGGUAACGCGCGACGCAGACGGCAGUGUCCCGUCGAUCGACGCGAUCGCGUUUCUGCAAGGUGGUCGCGCCAGCGAGCGAGAUAUUCCUGAGAACGGCGAGGAAGAGAGAAGCGCGUCGUACAAUAGCUUGGACGAGGGCGACUUUGGCGGAGUGUCGCCAUUAACCCAGAACGGCGUAGCCGGUAGAUCAUCCGUUACGCAUGGUGACGACCCGUCUGUCCCAUCGACGUCGAGGAGAACGGAUCAACCUAGUAUUUUCUCGAGUGCUGCGAGCGGUAGCGCGAACAGCAAUCCCUCAUCAUCGCCGACGAAUCCAUCCACGACGCAUCAGAGUUUUUAUCGUGGUGUCAACGAGCAAUACGAAGGAAGUCCGACUAACAGAGCGGCACGUAAUCGUUUGCUAACUUAUCGCGACGAGCAAUGUGGUCUAAACGGAUUACGGAAUAUUGGAAAUACAUGUUUCAUGAACAGUGUGAUCCAGUGCCUGAGCAAUACGAGACCAUUGCUGGAGUAUUUAUUGAACGAACAAUACCUAAGCGACAUAAAUAUCACUACGUCCAGCAUGAAAGGCGCCCUGAUCAAAGCGUUCAGCCAAGUGAUCCACGAAUUGUGGGAGGUGGGCGGUGAUCACGUGGUGAACACGACCGCGCUCAAGUCUCACAUACAGAGAUUCGCGCCGCGUUUUAUGGGCUACAGCCAGCAGGAUGCUCAAGAGUUUCUUAGAUACCUGUUGGAAGGUUUACACGAGGACGUUAACAGAGUCACCACGAAACUACCACCCAUACAUGGAGACAUACCCGAUAGUUACACGGAUAUGCAAAAAGCGGUGGAAAGUUGGAAGCGUUAUCUUCGCAGCGAAGACAGCAUGAUAGUCGACGUUUUCGUCGGACAGCUACGUUCAUCCUUACAUUGCACUUCAUGCGACCACGUGUCGGUCACACUCGACCCGUUCUGGGACCUGAGUUUGCCGAUUCCAGCUAGAAGCGGCACAGUUAAGCUGAGUCAGUGUUUGGAGCAUUUCACUCGAGAGGAGGUGUUGGACGGCGACGAAAAACCAACAUGUUCCAAGUGUCAGAUGAGAAGAAAGUGUACCAAGAGCUUCAGCAUACAGAAGUUUCCGAAAAUUUUAGUUAUUCAUUUGAAACGUUUCUCUCCGAUGGAACGCUUCCGCGGUAAGCUGAACGUGAUGGUGGACUUUCCAUUGACGGGUUUGGAUCUCAGUGCCUUUGCUGCCCCGAGAGUACCGGGCUGCACAUACAAUCUGUACGGGGUCGCGAAUCAUUCGGGUACGACGUAUUCGGGUCACUACACCGCGUACUGCAAGCACCCGUAUUCAGGAGAAUGGCACGAGUAUAACGACAGCCGUGUGUCCGUUGUGUCGGCACGAUCGGUUGUUUCCAGUGAAGCCUAUGUACUGUUUUACGAGCAGCAGCCUCACAGUUCUCACUUGUAACCUUACGCCAUGCCUAGAGAGUAAACAACCAUCUUGCCUCUCGAUACCUCAGCGCAGCCUAGCAAAACUCUGUCUUUUCGUGGUAUUAAAAAGCGACUAAACACUGAAGGAGAAACGGAAGAAGGGGAUCGUUUCUCGGUCCAUUCGAUCCGGGGUAACCGAGCGUAUUGUGACCUUGGCGAUAAUCGCGUAUCUUCCUGCAAUGUUUCCCUGAUACGCCGCGUAUGUAUCGUCUUUUUCGGACGGAUCACGCGCGCUCGUAAUGCGAAACAAUCGACGAUUCAAUGUGAUCGAUACUCGUGCUUUAACGUGGAAAAUUAUUUCCGCACAUGAAGUUUCAUCUAUGUGAUAAAUUACUCAUUUCCUUUUACGUAAUAUUUCGUGAGAUUAUUAUUGCGGCCACGUUUGAAGUAGAAAACCAUGCGUAUUUAUUUAUUAAUUUAAUUGCAUGAAUAGACCAUUUCAAUCUUGAGGAGAAUAAAGGAGGUACAAUGACGAAAUCGCCAAAGAUCACACGUUUCAGAUGUCUAGUUACUUUUGGAUAGAUAAAAAUAGUAAUACAUCUUUCACUCUUCAUUGAACACGUGGCGACGUACAGCUAUUUACUUUUGUAAAAUAUUUGGUUUAAUAUAAUCACAAUCGAGAGUUAUUUAUUAUAAUUUAUGGAAAAAGAAAA